UGUGUGCAGAUUGGAGACUGAUUCAUCCGGUCACCGUACCUUUGGGAAGCUGCCAAAAGGGCAACAAUCCUACACAGUCCACAGACCUGCUUCUGUUCUAGUGCCAGUGAAGAAUAGUGCGAUCGUGAGCCUAUCAGCAGGACGUGAAGAGCUCGUGACCAUGGAGGAGAACACGAUCAGUAUGCUGAUGGAUGUCAAGUUGGACAUCCGGGAACGAAAGCUAGACUUUUCCCAUAUGAAGUCUUGGUCACAAUACUACGUGCGCGUGGAAGCGGUCAAGUGCUUUCCGUGCUAUAUGCGCAUCUCGUUCUUCUCGUCUCCGACCGAUCGAACGACGGAUCUAAUCGUGCGCAUCAACGUUCCCGGGCUGACCGUGCAGAUGGCGACGUCGCGCACCAAGCAACACUCGUACGGGCUGUUCUGGAAGAACAAUCGCAAACGGUGCUGUGCGUACUUUGCACUCGAAACGCAACUUCUGUGCGAACGACACCUGCGCUGGAUGAAAAAGUCGAUCCGGAACCUGGAGCUCUACCGGCAGGAGAUGAUGCAGCUUCGACGGGCCAGCCGUACGCCGGCACACGAGAUCCGACAGGAGCUGAAACCACUCGACCCGCGGGCACUCGCUCCAUCGUGUGUCGCCCCGUGGGACGAUCUGGGAAUUUAUCAGAAUCUCGAUUCCACGGAAAAUAUGGCCGAUUUACAAGACAUUCUCGGACCACUUCCGAUGGUUCCAGCGGUGGAGAAGGGAGGCGCAACUGCGCCCUCCGACAACACCAGCGUCGUCUCGAGCUGUUCCCGUCGCGUUUCCGGUGUGUCGGGUAUUUACGAGGAAAUUCGUGACGAUUUGGUGUCCAACGUGGCUUCACGAUUGUCGCGUGUGUCGAUCGCUUCCGGCAUCUACGAAGAAAUGCGUCCAAUCCCUGGGCAAGGCGGCAACGGCGAUGCGGCGGAACAGGAAUGUACACCACCACCGUUGCCGCCACGCCAACGUUUAAACACUAACGAAGACUUUGACGAAGCUCGUGUGCCGGAAGUGGAUUAUCUGAAGAAAAAGCGUCACUGGUUACGGCUGGACUCGGUGUUUGGCCGUAAACGGACCACCAGCGGUGAUUCGCAGGCUUCGGCCGGUUCGCUUGCAAAGAAAGGUGUCACCAAGCACAGGUACGACAAAUCUCCAUCGGUGUCGGCGGCGGCGGCGGUAGUACCCCGCAAUAAGGUGUGUCGGCUGCGAUUAACGGAAGCUAAGCGCAACAGUUUUUCAAGUCCCGAUUUGAGCCGCCUAAAGAUUGACGAUCUUAGCAACGGAGCCGAUGCAGUCUCAGACGCUCCCGGUAACGUUUCGUGCGACAAUCUUUCCGACGGAAAUGGAUCCUGCACAUCCGAGUUCUAUCCCCAGCACCUUGACAUCGAUUACAUUGAGGAGGACUUUGCCUCAUCGGAGUACAUCCAUCUUUCGAGCGAAUCGACCGGUGCAACGACGGAGCCCGAUAGUGGCCGUGGGAAGCAGCAGCCAGAGUCUGAGCUGGAUCCGGGAGCGGACUGGCGUCGGUUAAAUCUAUCCGAGCGCAUUUUCGACAGUUUCAAUCGAUCGGCGAACUCUUCAACGGUGAACCUGGCAGGUGCUGGUUGCACUGUAGCGUUCGUCCGGAACGAAACUGAAACGCCGAAACCGGCAACGGUUGCUUCUGUUGAGGACGAUACGGCAGGUUACCUUGAAAUGGGACCCCCGGGGACCGGAUUUAAUCGUCAGAAGCUAAAUGAAAUCAUAUUGCGCGGUGACACGAAGAAGCAACCUUACGCAGUUUCCAACGUGAAUUCGGACGGUUCUGAAUCGAUCUACAUGAUCAUGAGCGGAGCCGGAAAGCUCCCCGAGCCGAUUCGGUCCAGUUCUACGAGCAGUAGUAGCAGUGGUGUCAGUAGUGCCAGUGACCAUACCACGGCCAGCCUCGAGGGACCGAACAGUGGCAAACAGCGUAACUCGAUAGACGAUAAGAUCGCGUCUUACUACCCGAAUGAUGAUCGCACUCCGUCCCGCAAAGGCACGGUCUGCUCGCUCGAAGAAUCGUCACCUGUUCGGGGAAGUUCCCCUUGUUGCGGAACCACGACACCCCCGGUGGUCACUACUCUUCCGAGAGCGGUAAAAUCAGCGCAACGGUCGGUGGUCGAGGCUACGGUCGAUAUGCGGGAUCGCGUUCAAGCAACAUUCCGCACCCCAAAGGCGACUGCUGAAAGCCGUCGGCACUGUUUUCGCAAAAUGCUGGGCGAAACGCCUGACCAGGAUACCGAUGGCCAAUCAACCGAAAACUCACCUAAGCUUUACCAAAAGUAUGCCACCGUUGCUCGUACGUGUUCGCCGAAAAAGUGCGCGAAAUCGAAACCCGAUGGAAUGGACCGACUGGAGGUAGGCUCCGUAGAAGCGAUAAAGUCCGCCGGCAAACGGUUCGGAUCGUUGCCACGGUUUGGGAAGCUCGAUUUGUCUCCGCUGAGAAUGAAGAUCAACAGUGUGCUACAGCGGCACAAUUCCGGUAAUUUAUGAUAGGAUUUUGGGCCAGGUUUGUUGUUUUUUGUACAGCAUUAAGAAACCGAUCUCACCGAUAUUUAUCUUCCGGAGGAGGUGGCCAGAAGACGGAAUCGAUUCAGAUAUUCGCAAAUUGCUCAAAUGUUACGUAGCUACUAUUUAAACGCUGUUUCUUUCUGUGGCUUUUUGCCUUGCUCCAAUGGAUUAUUUAGGGUCUGAAGUUUGCUCUCGCAUUCGUUACAGAUUACUAUUAAUUAAUACUGCGUAAUCUCUUGAGAAAAAAAUCAAUUUGUAGUGGAAGAACAGAAGUGAACACACCGUAGAAGAUUGCUAUAGCUUUUCAUUGCCUUUGCACGUAAAACUGACGAUCGUGGAACACCCAUGAAAGUUACUGUAGUAAAAAAAUAGGUAAGGGCCAUACGGUGCUCGAACAUUGUUUCAUUUGCUUUAAAAAAGUAAGUUUAAAUACGAUAAUAACUUCAAAAUGAUUCAAAAGGUGCUUUUGCAAGAGAAAGAUAGAUAGAACGGGGCUUCCGUGCUGUGAAUUGUCGAAAACUGAAUCAAUAGUAUGCUUUUAUGCGCGUUUCAACGAGAGGAUUGUAACAUAAUCUCAUUAAUUAGGUAGGAAAUAACUUACGUUUGCUUAAAUGCACGCACAAAAAGACAUUUCACACCAUAUCGAUAGAGAAAUGUUUUUAGCUCACUCGCUCAGGUUCCAGCGGCAGUCUCAGGUGCAAGUUUUGGCCACUACUUUUACAAAGAAACUUACCGAACAAAACAAAGAAAAGGGACAAAGUAUAAAUCUACGUGUAUUUGCUGCUGUGAUUUUUACCGACCCACCGGCUAGGUGGACUUUUAGAAACCGGUUAAUAAAGAAAAAGACGAGCAAUUUUAAAGCAACAGGAAGUGCGCUAGGGUAAGAUAGAUUGGAGACACGUUUAUAUUAUAAAAGCUUUAUGUGCGAAGGAAAAAUGCUUCAAUUAACUCGCGCGUCAGCGGACCGUGCCAUUCAAGAAUCUCGAGUAAGAGAUCAAACCAUAGACAAAUACGAAUAUCAUAUCAUUUUCAAUUGUACGUGCUGCUGUACGUUUCAAAUCCCGGCAUAUCAGACAGCGAGAACCAGCCAUCUGAAUGCAUGCAAAACUUACGAUAUUUUACGGCGGUCUCGAAAUGCGUG